AACAAUCAACAGUAGUAUGUCGUGAGAGUAGGACUUAUUAUGCGUGAAUUUACACGAGACAAACACGGCCUUACCGUCAAAAAUAAAAAUUAUACAAAGAGCAAGCAUCUUUCUGGCAAUCAUCACUUCAGCCGGAUAUCUCAGGGAAAUGGCAAGCUCUCUGCAGCGAAUAGCGAGGCAUUCCCCUCUAGCCGCCUACCGAUCUUCUCUCACGCCGAUAUGGAGACAAUUUGCGUCAGAAGCGUUGGUCGAAAUCAAGCCCGGUGAGAUCGGUAUGGUCUCUGGUAUUCCUGAUGAACAUCUUCGCCGAAGGGUUGUGAUUUUCUCACCUGCUCGGACUGCUAGUCAACAGGGGUCUGGAAAAGUUGGAAGAUGGAAAAUCAAUUUCUUGUCAACCCAGAAAUGGGAGAAUCCAUUGAUGGGUUGGACAUCCACAGGGGAUCCAUAUGCCAAUGUUGGUGAUUCCGCGCUUAGUUUUGAGAGUGAAGAAGCUGCAAAAGCAUUUGCUGAAAAGCAUGGCUGGGAAUACACGGUAAAGAAGCGCCACACACCAUUAUUAAAGAUCAAGUCGUAUGCGGAAAACUUCAAGUGGAAGGGGCCUCCCAAAACAGAAGAAUAAUCUAUUUUCUACUGCAUUCAAGUACUUGAGACGGUUAUGGAUGUCCUGUCACAAUGUGUUGCACUCCUUGUUUUACCUUACCUUUUAUAAAGAUCAGUUGGUUACCUCCUUGAAGGAUUUUCUUAAGCUUCUUUCAAUAAUAAAUCAAACGUAUGAAAAUCCACUAGUACAUGGAAUGUCUUAAAACCUUUAUGAAGCAAUUUCCGGGUGCUAUACCCGAUCCUACUUUGUAGUGGUUAUUGGAGGUUAGUAUUAGGAUUGUGGUGCGUCAGAAGACUUAUGCCUUGUUAUUCUUUUUAAAAGAAUUUAGUGUGUGCAGUGGACUGUCCAAGACAAAUUUCUUAAGUGUAUGAAUGCAUAAAAGUAACUUCCCCUGAGGAAUAUGGGAAGUUCACUGAAUUUGGCAAUAAGAGAUUUUUUUCUCCAUGA